CGCCCCCUCCCCCUGUCUCUGCCGAUACAGAUUCUCAGCCUGCUAUUCUAGGCAUGGAUGUCGGUUGCAGUGAGACAUGGCAGUGCGACAUUAUACUCUCGACUUUAACCUCUCUACGGCAGUUGACUCUGCCUCCAUAGUUCCGGGUCUGUUGUCCAUAUUUCAUGAUCAUGAACUGAGUGAGACCAUUCACGACACAAACGGGCACGGAUACCUUGCUACAUUUGUAGGCAAGAAUGGGCGGCUUGUCAUUCUGCGUGUGCACUCCCACGGGCUGGUGACUAUUGAUUUGCAGUGUUAUGAAGAGGAUAAUAUUGCACAACUAGACAAUCUUUUAAAUGCUUUGGAAAAGAAGUUGGAAGUUCUCUUAAAUGGCAUUAUUGCAAGGAUUAAAAAGCUACCAGCCCUUGUGCGAGGAGCAAAAGUGGACCGAUACUGGCCCACAGCUGAUGGCAGGUUGGUGGAGUAUGACAUUGACCACGUGGUGUACGAAGAGGAUUCUGCUUACCAAAACAUAAAAAUCUUGCACUCACAGCAGUAUGGAAAUAUCUUAGUGCUUGAUGGAGAUGUCAACUUGGCAGAGAGUGAUUUAGCCUAUACCCAAGCCAUCACAGGUAAUGGGAGAGAGAAUUAUGCUGGAAGAGAGGUGCUGAUAUUAGGAGGGGGUGAUGGAGGCAUCCUUGCUGAGUUGGUCAAACAAAAGCCAAAGAUGAUCACCAUGGUGGAGAUUGACCAGAAGGUGAUAGAUGGGUGCAAGAUCCACAUGAGAAGAACAUGUGGCAAUGUCCUUGAUAACUUGAGAGGAGACUGCUACCAAAUACUCAUUCAAGACUGUGUCCCUUUGCUGAAGAAGUUUGUCCAAGAAGGAAGGACAUUUGAUUAUGUGAUUAAUGACCUCACUGCAAUCCCAAUAUCCACCGCACCCGAAGAAGAUUCUACUUGGGAGUUCCUUCGUCUCAUUUUAGAUCUUUCAAUCAGCGUCCUGCAUCCAAGGGGGAAAUAUUUUACACAGGGUAACAGCGUUAACCUGACUGAGGCCCUGAGUCUGUAUGAGGAACAGCUAGGAAAGCUCUCGUGUCCAGUGGACUUCCGUAAAGAGGUGGUCUGUGUACCCUCGUACUUAGAGCAAUGGGUCUUCUACACUGCAUGGAAGAAAUAAAGAUCUCCAGUCUUGUCUUUUAAUGUGGAAUGUGAAUGUGUGGAUGGUUUUCUUCUUUUUACUUGUAGCCCCAAAUGUGUGCUCAGACUGAAGACAUUUUUGGUAAAUGCAAUAUGGAGGUCUAAAAAAAAGAAAAGACAAUUGUUACUGACUCACUGUUUUCAUAGGCACUGUCCAGACCUGGGAUUAGCAAUAAUCUCAGGCAGCUACAUCAGGUAAGACCUGGCAGUAAACUGCAUCUCAAGUGGCCACUUGCGAUUGCAUUGUAAACAGUUCAAGGCCCUGUUAGCAGUAAAAGGGUUAGUUAUUUCUGUUUCUGUGCUGGGUAUGAUGGAAUUAACUGCUUAGAUAGAAUACGUGACCAGAGUAGCUGUCCGUGGACGUCCUCCAGGACACAUGGAUAUGCACACUAUACUAAAACAGUGACUCUGGAUGCAGGCUGAGUGAUCAGAAGUUUUCAUAUGAUCCAGAACGCGUUAACGUCGGGCUCAGCCCAUUGAAGUCUGCCCCAUUAUAUAUGGACUGCAUCACACUCCCUACUUAUUUCAGCUAUAUUAGUGGGAGUAAAAUCAAGACAAAAAUCAUUUUGAAUUCAGUCUGAUUUCAUCUUAACGGGCACAAGGACAGCUUUUUACAUCUUUUCUCUGUUAUCCCAACUCAAACCUUCUGUUGUUUUAGUUGUUUGAAUAUUGUUGCUACAGUUUUUCAUUUUUUUUUUUUGUCACAAUGUUUGAAAUGUGGAUGUGCAUGUGCUCUGAAGAAACUUGGUUGUUGAUACACUGAUUUGAUAUGUUUAUAAUGUGGUGUAACUUAUACUACAGUAAGAGUGUGAUGUUUGUUUUGUUUUUUAUUUUCUUUCCUUCUUUUUUUUUAAAUCGAGCUUUGAGGAUACCUAAUGUUUUUAAGUUGGAUUUUUAUUACUGCCACCCAAAUGUGAGUUGAAAUUUUAAGGUUAUAUGCAGGCAGAGUAUUCAUGCCCUAGAACGCUGACAUGAAAAAGUCCAGGUGUGUUUUUAAAAGGGAAAGAAUUCCUCGACAUACACACCUCUGCGUGCGUGCUGUUUUUAUGUUAUGUUUGUUAGCACCUUCGUUCUCUCCUGAUAUAUUGAUUAUAUUAGGUGCAGGUAAAGGACGGUGAAUGUAGCUUGCAUAUACACAGUACAUUUGAUAGACCUGGUAGUUAAUUUUAUUUAUUCAUUACAAAUUCACCAAAUACUGUUCUAUCCUCCUUGACAUAACUUUGUGACCAUCUAAAAUUAAAGUGGUUUUUGGGACAAAGAAUUAACUGUUUUGAUUGAC